AUGCUCAGGAGGCAGAUCGUCUGGUGGCACCUGCUGGCUUUGCUUUUCCUCCCAUUUUGCCUGUGUCAAGAUGAAUACAUGGAGGUGAGCGGAAGAGCUAACAAAGCAGUGGCCAGGAUAGUGCAGAGCCACCAGCAGACUGGCCGUAGCGGUUCCAGGAGGGAGAGAGUGAGAGAGCGGAGCCAUGCUAAAACUGGGACUGUGGAUAAUAACACUUCUACAGACCUAAAACCCCUGAGACCAGAUGAGCUUCCGCACCCUGAGGUAGAGGACCUAGCCCAGAUCAACCCAUUCUGGGGCCAGUCUCCACAAACGGGAGGACUGCCCCCAGACUGCAGCAAGUGUUGUCAUGGAGAUUAUGGAUUCCGUGGUUACCAAGGGCCCCCUGGGCCUCCAGGCCCUCCUGGCAUUCCGGGAAACCAUGGAAACAAUGGAAAUAAUGGUGCCACUGGCCAUGAAGGGGCCAAAGGUGAGAAAGGAGACAAAGGAGACUUGGGGCCUCGAGGGGAGCGGGGACAGCAUGGCCCCAAAGGAGAGAAAGGCUACCCAGGGGUGCCACCAGAACUGCAGAUUGCAUUCAUGGCUUCUCUAGCAACACACUUCAGCAAUCAGAACAGUGGCAUCAUUUUCAGCAGUGUUGAGACCAACAUUGGAAACUUCUUUGAUGUCAUGACUGGUAGAUUUGGGGCUCCUGUAUCAGGUGUGUAUUUCUUCACCUUCAGCAUGAUGAAGCAUGAGGACGUAGAGGAGGUGUAUGUGUACCUUAUGCACAAUGGCAACACAGUCUUCAGCAUGUACAGCUAUGAAACAAAGGGGAAAUCAGAUACAUCCAGCAACCAUGCAGUGCUCAAACUGGCCAAAGGGGAUGAAGUCUGGCUUCGAAUGGGCAAUGGUGCCCUCCAUGGGGACCACCAGCGCUUCUCCACCUUCGCAGGCUUCCUGCUCUUUGAAACUAAGUGACAGGAAGGAUAGGAUAACUCCACUUGAGGGGAAACUUGUAGCUGAGCUAGGAGUGUUAUGAAUGGAGUGAUAUUGAAUUGGGGGUUCUAUAUGGAGCAUUUAACUGUUGUAUUGGUCACACUGCUACUAGUCCUACUGGUAUACCAAUAAUGCUGGAUGAAUCAGAAAAACAGACCACAAGGUAACCUUCCGAGAUGACCUUGGGAAAUAGUCAGCAUCUUCAUCACUCUUCCCUACAUGUCUGACUGAAGGAAUUGUCACCUGAUGCAGGUUGGAAAUAAGUGUUCACCUCAAAAAAGCAUAUGCAAAGAGUUUUGGUGCUAUUUUAGAUGUAGUAUCAACUUUGGAGUCAACCAAGUUCUAGUUCAUUGUUCUUCACAAUAUUUUAGAGAACAAC